AUGGUCCUCCUGCCCCCAAAUAUUAGGUUCCGACCAACCGUACUCCAACCCGAGUUUGCAGAGCCAACUGAUAUCAAUAUUGGUCAAAUCUGGUUUGUUACCACCUCAAGACGUCCAACUCUCAUCCUCAACGCACUUCUCCAUCUCCUACGAAUUGCUCCUGAAUGGAUGAAAGAGACUCAAGAGGGCCUGCAAGACUUUUAUAGAAUCUUUGGAAUUCAUCUUCUACGGGGUUGGCAUGAAUCCACUUCCGAGACAGCCAAAUUUGACAGGAUAGUUGAAGAGAACUGGGACAGGGUCAUGGCACAGUUUGACAGUCUCCAAGCUAAGCUCAAGAGACGCAUCGAGGUCAAGGCAGACGAGAUACGUGGGCUUCAAGAUGGGGCUGUUUACAGCAUGUCCCUCAUCCAGGAGACGAAGACCUGUCCCACCUCAAGUGGCCUCAUGUCGGAUCCAGGGUUGUAG